CCUCUUCCACUCUCAACCCUGACACUUUGGUCAAAUCAGGCGUCUAGAACACCAAACAACCAAUCGCUGAUCGAUAUGCCUGCAUGGUCUGUUGGGCUUUGAUAGUCGGUAAGGGAAAGUAAGUACCUUACCUUACCUAGGUACCUUACCGACCAACCACCGCCCGUGUGCCUUAACUCACUGUAUGAUGAGCUGUGCAGUAAGGUACAAGGCGAUAUCCGUCCAUAUGUAAGGCUAUGCCCCUCCAUCAUCCGCUUCUCGUCAGCUUCUUCUUUAUACUUCUCUCCUCUCAAGCAUUCAUACUAGUCAUAAUCUCGUUGGAGUGGUCCUUGUGUCAGGUUUCCUUUGGGCUUUUACGGUUCCUUUCGGUUCCUCUGUUCAAUUUCCUUUUCACAUCGUCGACUUCCAUUAUCAUAUCGCGCCGCUUCUCUAUCUUAGCUCUCUUCUCUAACGCCAUCUCCUCUCUUGUUGCUCUCAACUUUGUCUCUUUAUUUGAGUCAGUUUCUGCAUUUUCUACGUCUGUUUGCCGGUCUUCGAUCCUCGUGCACACCAAGCUACAGAAAAGCACCAUCAGCACGCCUUCUUUCAGCCUGUCGACCAGCUCUCAUCUCCAUCAAAUUAAACCCCCCCACGUCUCACAACCGGCCACGAUCAAGCCAAGGCCACCGUCUCGUUCCGCCCCUGUGUUACAGUGCCAGACUGUACGCACGCGCAACAAUUCGAUCGCUCCUCUCCGAAAGCUUGCGUCUUCGUUCGCAUCGCCGUCAACCGUUUCUUGGAGAAUUCAAACGCUGGAGUUUCCACUGUGACCUCCCACCCCAGUCCCCAAGCUUUCGUCUGGACCCCGUUGUCAGACCAGACCCAGGCCCCUCUCUCCCCCUGUGCCCACCGUGUCACUCUUAGCUCCGGGUUGUCUACUCAUCCAGUUGGACCCCUGUCCUGUCAAACGCUAGGAGGUACAAGGUACAUAUUGUCACCGACCG